AUGCCUGCUCAUCCCAAUAACAAACAGCUGUGGCUGCUGUUCAUGGAGAAAGCUAGCUUUAGCAAAAUGACCCUUCUCCUCUGUUGGCUGGAGCUCAGCGGCCAACUCGCCAGUCUCCGCCGAGUCAAUCCCGGCAUGGGGGACAUGAAGACCCCAGAUUUUGAUGACCUUUUAGCAGCGUUUGACAUUCCUGACAUAGAUGCUAAGGAGGCCAUCCAGUCUGCCCCCGAUGAGACCGAGGCGCCGCACUCUGUAACUACUGGAGCCAGAAAAAUGCAACUUCUACAGCAGCAGCAUCAACAGCAACAAGACACCGGCCAAGAGCGACCAGAUGAGGUCAGAGCGUCGCUGCCGUCAUCUUCCUCAUUACCGCCUGGGACAUCACCGUUGGCUGCUGCUGGGCCUCCUAUCGGACUAACCUCGCCUUUCUUCCCUCCCUCCAAACCGGUGCUACCUACGCCGCCACACCCACUGCACUCUACUCAGCCUUUUAAUGGUGCUAGCAAAGGAGGUUUUCAGCACACACCGAUGGAGGAGGAAGAUUCAGACCCAGACUUGGGAAGCCCAUUAGUGAUUCAAGAAACCCCUGAAUCACCAACCGAGCCAAGUCAAAGAUACAAGUCGGAUUUAACGCUGCCCUCUUCGUCUCUAGCCCCACAUCAGAAACCAGGGGACACUCCUUCCGGGGCAUCUAUGGGCGUAUCCCUGCCUCAGUCUGGUUCGACAGAAAGUACUGCACAAGAAGACAAGCAUCCAGAGCAUGUGAUCGAAGAGAGAGACUCCCCGGAAAGUCCUGAGCCAGAGGCGCCCAAAUCUACAGCUCAUGUGGCAUCCAAGAGGUGCUCGAGUCCUGCAGUAGUAUCCACUCCGCCUUCAUCUGAACUCAGGGAGCCCAAAGAAGAGGAGGAGGAGAUGGAAGUCGGGAAUGGGAAUGGCAUUGACAGGGUUGCAGAUGGGAAGGGAGAUGCAGAAAAGGGUGAAAAUGCUAAAGUGGGGGGAGAGAAAAUGGACGUUGAAUACACAAAAUCAAAAACACCAGCAGCAGACCCUAACGCUGCCCUUGUCGCUUCUGGCGCACCAUCUCGUCCUCUGAAAGUCCGAAUAAAGACUAUUAAAACAUCCACAGGGGUAACUCGGACAGUCACCAGAGUAGCAUCGAAAGGCGGGGUGGAUAAGAGCGGGGAACACAAACUUUUAUCAAACAAAAAUGCUAAAAACGAAGCUGGGCAGGUCACCACAUCUUCGCAGAAAGUCAGUGCCCUGAAUUCUUUACCCGUGUCCACUCUCGCUGCCAGUAGCGUGAUGCUCGCAGCUGCUACAAAAGUCCAGAACAAAAUGGCUGCGUCUGAAAAGGCAAAGGUCUCUGCCACUGCCGUUAGCAUCACAAAAUCCACAGCUUUACCGGCGACUCCCUCCGUCACCUCCACCGGGAAGUUUUCAGCCGGCUCUGGUGGCAUAAGCGUGCGCACGUCCACUAAUAAGACCGCUAAUGGGGGCAGCGGGACUAUAAUAACAAGCAGCCUUCAGCCCAGUAAACCUGCGUCUAUAGUCAACAGUACAGGGGCUGUCAUCUCCCGCAGUCAGUCCAGUUUGGUAGAGGCUUUCAACAAAAUCCUAAACAGUAAGAAUCUGCUACCAAGCUACAAGCCAGACCUGUCCGCCCCUCCACCUCCCGAGUGGGGCUUGCCUCUGCCUUCGACUGGGUACAGGUGUUUGGAGUGUGGGGACGCGUUUGCGCUGGAGCGGAGCUUGGCCCGGCACUACGACAGAAGAUCGCUGCGGAUAGAGGUGACGUGUAAUCACUGUGCGAAGAGGCUGGCCUUUUUCAACAAGUGCAGUCUGCUGCUUCACGCGCGGGAGCAUAAAGAGCGCGGGCUGGUGAUGCAGUGUUCUCAUCUGGUCAUGAGGCCCGUCACCGUGGAGCAGAUGAUCGGACAACAGGACAUUACGCCCAUCGGAGUCUCCUCUUCCUCCACCUCCUCCACCUCUGGUCCGUCCACCGGCACCAGCCCCAGGAAGGACUCGGCCCCGGCCUCAGCUCAGCCGCGGCAGGUGCGACGAGCGGCCGGCCCCCAGGCGCUGAUGCCCCUCCCCUGUAAGAAGGCGGAGUCGCUGCAGUACAACAACUUCAAAUGUCCCGAGUGCCAAACGCAGUGCAACAACAAGGCAGAGCUCGUGACGCAUUUCCAGCAGAUCAGAGCCACUUCAAACUCGACGUGUUCUCAGUGCUCUCCUCCGAUGAUGCUGCCGAACUCGUGCGCUCUGUCCGCUCACCAGAGAGUCCACAAACACAAAGCGCCGCACGUCUGCCCUGAGUGUGGAGGCACCGCACGGCCCGCCACCUUCCAGACCCACCUGGAGGAGGCCUGCCUGCACUUCGCCCGCCGCAUUGGAUACAGGUGCUCGAGUUGCCAGGUGGUGUUUGGAGGCCUGAACUCCAUCAAGUCCCACAUCCAGACGGCUCACUGCGAGGUCUUCCACAAGUGCCCCAGCUGCCCCAUGGCCUUCAAGUCUGCCCCCUCCGCCCAGAGCCAUAUCAGCACCCAGCACCCCAACCUCAGCGGGGGGCAGGCCAAAAUGAUCUACAAAUGUGUGAUGUGCGACACUGUGUUCACCCUGAAGCCCCUGCUCUACAUGCACUUUGACACUCAUUUAGCCAAACAGAAAGUGCACGUGUUCAAGUGUCCGGACUGCACCAAACUCUACGCUCAGAAAGGCUCGAUGAUGGAGCACAUCAGGACGGCUCACAGAGGUCAGCUCACCAAACUAGAAGUCCAGUCUGAAACCUCGAGCUCGGCCCCCGCCCCGUCGAACGCCGGUGCCUCUGGCCUCAAGUCCAAGUCUUCAGCAAAAACCGACAACUCUGACGGAGAGGACUGGGGCCGCGAUCAAGAGGAGGAUGAGGAGGAUGAAGAAGAUGACGAUGAUGCAGAUGAAGAUUACGAAGCUCCCGGGAGUCAAACGGUCUCGGCCAACCAAACGGAGUGGACCUGUCCUCAGUGUCAGACCACCUUCACGGACCACAACGACUUCCUCAGCCACGUGAAAAUGGAGCAUGGAAAGUUCCCGUGCCGCAUCUGUGGAGGGUCGUUCAGCACCUCGUCCAGUCUGCGCCGUCACGAGCGCGUCAUUCAUGAAGGAAACAAACGUGUCUUCCGCUGCCAAUUCUGCACUGAAGGUAAACGCACCUUUGGCAGCCGCUUCCUCCUGGACAAGCACAUUCGGCUGUAUCACCGAAACUCCGACGGCCAGGCUCCUCCCAUGACCAGGAAGCGCGCGGCGACCGGAGUUGACGGCAGUUCCUCUGAGCUGGAGGGCGAGGGAGCGUCUGCACCGCGGCCCGGACCGGAGGAGGAAGACCACCGCUCCGAGGACGGCGAGGAGGGGGCCGCUCCCGCCAAGAGAACUCGCACGUCCGCAGCCCCCGCCCCCACCGCCACCGCCGCCGCUGCCGAUCCAGAGGAGGACGACAGUGUGUUCCGGUGCGUGCCCUGCGGCUUCACCACGGAGGACGGGGCCGAGUUCCAGCAGCACAUCCCGCAGCACCGCGCCGACACCGCCUCCUUCCAGUGUCUGCAGUGCGGCGUGUGCUUCGCCUCGGCCGGGUCCUUGGGCAGACACCGCUUCAUCACUCACCGCGUCCGGGACACUCAUAGCAGCGGCGGUGGCGGUGGUGAAGUCCCCUCGGCCGGGUCACAGCGCGCGCACCACUCUCCAGACGGCUCGCCCGCCGCCUCGCCCGGCGCUCUCGGGGAGGAGUUGGAGGGGAACCAGACCUGCAGAGUGUGCGGGCGGAGAUUCGACAAAGCCUCAGACCUCAACACGCACUUCCGAACCCACGGGAUGGCGUUCCUCACGGCGCACAAGACGGACAAGCCCUAG